AUGGCUAUCUUAGUCCAUCGUGCGAGCGAACUUACCGGCCAAAUCACCCAAUUCAUAUCGGCGCUAGAUGCGACGACCCACGCCGAGCUGAUCAGUCAUCUCACUAGCGCCUGUGAUGCCCUAACGCGUCUUACAACCGCGACGAGCAAUGAAGCAGCUACGACGAGUAAUGAAGCAGCUACGACGAGUAAUGAAGCAGCUACGACGAGUAAUGAAGCAGCUACGACGAGUAAUGAAGCAGCUACGACGAGGAAUGAGGCAACAACCGCGACAAACAACGAAGCAGCUACGACAAACGACGAACGGCCAGCGCAAAACUCAGGCAAAAAGCGCAAAAGACUGAGCGAUGCCAGCUACUCCACUCAUGACGCUAGUCCUGAGGUUGCCCGCUAUGAGCCACAACCGGAAGCAGGUUAUGAAGUCCACCGCUCUCGCCAUAGCUUCACGAUUCAAAAGGAGGAGAUGGGCGAGAAUCUCGUUGGCAAGUUAACAACCUUUGAGGCCCCGAACUUUGCCGAUCGCGUUAUAGCUCCUUCAGACGACAAUGUUAGAGCCUACCUAGACGAGAUCUUUACUAGCAUUCCUGAAGAAGAGGUCCCUUAUUAUGUCGGACUACUCCUUUUCGAUAGCCGUAUCGACGAUAUCCUGUUUCCUGGAAACAGGAACUCUGGCACUGUAUUCCACUGCGAAGAUGGCGUUAUGCGCUCAGUCAACUUGACCCUAUUUGGCUGGAACAUCUGGAUACUGGUAGCGCUGCAUCACAUAGAUAAACUCGAGUCAUUUCUUCUCGGCAAGGUAGCUGAAAUCGAUUUUAUCGUCCUGCUCGCCGGUCCCGGCGAUCUUGUAGAAACUCAACCACGACAAUAUCACUGGGUUAUAAACUACAGCACUGUGGUUAAAAUGGCAAUCAACUUUCUGCGUCCUGGGGAGUGCGCGCUACCUGAAAGCGUUCGUCUUUGUGACGAAUGUGGACUGGCUCCUCUCCAACCUCACUUUGACCAGAUCACCUUGGUGCAGACCAAACGCAGCAGUGCGCGACUACGCAAACCAGGGACGAAGGCUGCGUCUCCAGGCGAAGCAGGCACGAAGACCAUGCCUCCAAGCAAGCGAACGCCAAGGACGUCAAGCGCAUCUCGGCCGCUCAAAGAUCGUACUCUUGGUUCCCCGGCGAAGAAACCUAAGAACUCUACGUUACAGAACGCGGCAAAUUCAGCAGCACAGAGAGUAUACCCACACAAAAGCGACUCUCAGGACAUAUGCGCUGCAUAUCUCAGUGACAAGGUAACCUUGUAUACACCGAUCACAGAUACCUUCGAGGAAUCUGAAGCGCUCCACCUCAUGCUGGUACUAAACAGCAACGUUGCCGUUCACAGCCUGAUCGCUGUAGUGUACGGCUGGAGAGCCCGUUCAUCGACAAUGAUCAAUCAUCACGCAGACCUUACACAGACGAUUCAAGCAAUUAUUAAUGUCGAAUCUAAUGUAUGCUACAAGGAAGCUAUACACGCACUCCUGCUUAUUCAAUUCGCAGACAAAGUGGACAAACUUGCAGAUGGUCGAUUGAGACUUACAAAUGCGGACUGGAAGAAAGUGCAAGAGUCGAGCCCUACUGCCAAACAAAUGUCUAACAAAAAGCUACGGAGAUGGCGCGAGUCCGGUCGGAAAUUGAAGCUCUGGCCUCCUAGCAUUCUCUGUGCUAUCGCUGGCCAUGGCGCAGCGCCCUUUUCCCUGUCCCUCUACAGCUUAACUGGCCUAACGGACAAGUCAAGACAGCGCGUCCUUGCGGCACUUAUCAAUUCGUCAGAGGAGGGAAUCACUUCGAGGAUUCUCGAGGUCGGAGCUUACAUCGCCGAUUCAUUUCUCAAAGGUCUCGACCUCGACGAGUUCGCAUGGGAGUCACUAGAUGCUCUAUGUCUCGACCAACCUUCGGAGAGAGAGGUCCUGAAAUGGCUCCGUCGAUUUCGGGUCGUUGAGGAAUGUUGUUACGAACCUGAGCGCUUUCACAGAUAA